UUGUUGAGAGCAUUGCCAUGGAGACGCAACCAAAACAGUAGCGUUAGCGGAGUUGGUUGGAGACUAGGAAGAAAACAUCCAUAUAUUUCCCUUAAAGUUUAGCUCAAUUAGCCAUCUAAUGAAACAACGUUGUAGCUUUUUGUGCAUAAAACGUCCCAGAGUGAUCGAUAUUCCGGAUUUCCGCGGUUGACAACUCACCCAGCUAACGUCUACAAACAAGCCAGCUAUCAGAAUGGGGGAUUCCGAGGUUAUUAAUUUUUCAGCGCUGGAGAAGGAGUUGCAGGCUGCGUUAGAAGCGGACAGGAAAUAUCGACGGGAGAAUGACGCCAAGUUUCGCGCAAUACAUCAGAACGUUGGGUCUUACGAGGAGUUCAGAGAUAUCGUUCUGGCCUCCCACCUGAAACCACUGGAGAAGACUGACAAGACCGGGCAGCGCAGGCAGCCCUGGAACCCCCUCGCUUCUCGAGCCGGGAAGCCGGGCACCGCAGGCUGUGCCACUCUGGAGGCCUCGGCGUUCCGGCCCGGCACGGCGGCGGAGUUCGGGCGGGAUUGGCGGCGGUCCGGCGGGAGCGUGGAGGAGCGGUACCGGCUCCUGCUGUCCCUGGGGGGCGCCGGCGUCCGGCGGACCUUCAGCACCGAGGUGGGGGCCGGCCUGCUGGGGGAGUUCCUGCUGGUCCUGGCCGGGGGGCUUCGGCGGGGGGACGCGGGGGCCGUGGUGUCCCUGCUGCACGGGCUGGCCCACACCGGCCGGUUCAGCCUGGGCCUGGCCUUCCUCAGCCCGGGGGAGAGGGCCGCCUGUGCCGGCCUCCUGGGCCGACUGCAGGACAUUCUGCGGGACGGGCACCCCGAAACAGAGCCAGGGGGCGCUGAGGGGCAUCCCGAAACAGAGCCAGGGGGCGCUGAGGGGCACCCCGAAACAGAGCCAGGGGGCGCUGAGGGGCACCCCGAAACAGAGCCGGGGGGCGCUGAGGGGCACCCCGAAACAGAGCCGGGGGGCGCUGAGGGGCACCCCGAAACAGAGCAGGAGGGCACUGAGGGGCACCCCGAAACAGAGCCAGGGGGCGCUGAGGGGCACCCCGAAACAGAGCCAGGGGGCGCUGAGGGGCACCCCGAAACAGAGCAGGAGGGCACUGAGGGGCACCCCGAAACAGAGCCAGGGGGCGCUGAGGGGCACCCCGAAACAGAGCCGGGGGGCGCUGAGGGGCAUCCCGAAACAGAGCCGGGGGGCGCUGAGGGGGACCCCGAAACAGAGCAGGGAGGCACUGAGGGGGUCCCCGAAACAGAGCAGGGGGGCGCUGAGGGGGACUCCGAUACAGAGCCAGGGGGUGCUGAGGGGGACCCCGAAACAGAGCCAGGGGGUGCUGAGGGGGAGAACGUUCUGGAGAAAUUAGAACGCUUACUGCUGCUCUACGGGGUCCACAUCGACUCUUCAGAGAACUGA